UGCAUCGCCCUUUCGCAUCCCAGUCACGUGACAGGCUUAUAAGAGGGUCUGUCUUCAACUGCAACUAGUUAUUCAGCCGGAGGACCCUGCCGUUCUCUCUCUAACUCUCCUCCUAACCGAGAGCGAGCGGGAUCUCGACCUGUUAUCUCGAUAAGAAAGAGUCAUGGCUGAGCACCAUGCUUCGGUGGAGGCAGACGAGCAGAUUGACCUUGAUGGGGACAAUGACAUUGAAGAUAUGAUGGAUGAUGAAGACGCCGGAGAGGAAGAUGGAUACCGGAGAGUAAGGGAUGAGUACAAUGAAAAUGAGGAACACGAUGAGUAUCAUGAAGAAUUUCAUGAAUCUGAAGGUGAAGGCAACGAUAAAGUUUCAUCAUCUGAUGAGCUAAAUAAUACUUCUAGCCCUUUGAAGGACGAAGAUACCACUGCUGGGGGUAUUGAUGAAGAAGAAAGGCAGAAACAUGCUGAACUGCUGGCUCUUCCUCCGCAUGGAUCAGAAGUUUUUAUUGGCGGCCUUCCACGUGAUGCAACAGAGGAAGAGCUGAGAGAUCUUUGUGAAUCCUUUGGUGAAAUUUAUGAGGUGCGACUAGUAAAAGAUAAGGAUAAAAAGGAAAACAAAGGCUUUGCUUUCAUUGUAUUCACAACGAAGGAUGCUGCACAGAUGGCCGUUGAAGAGAUCCAGGACAAAGAGUUUAAGGGGAAAACAUUGAGAUGUUCUUUAUCACAAGUUAAACACAGAUUGUUUAUUGGAAAUGUCCCAAAGAAUUUGGCAGAGGAAGAAUUGAGGAGAAUACUUGAGGAGAAUGGUCCUGGAGUUGAAAACAUUGAAUGUUUUAAGGACCCACAAAACCCAAGCCGUAAUCGCGGUUUUGUAUUUGUUGAGUACUACAACAAUGCAUGCGCUGAUUAUGCACGGCAGAAAAUGUCAAGGUCAAGUUUUAAGAUUGAUGGAAGCUCCCCCACUGUUAGUUGGGCAGACCCUAAAAAUUCAGCUGAUGCUUCAGCUGCUGCUCAGGUGAAAGCCAUCUAUGUGAAAAACUUGCCAGAAAGUGUUACAUCAGAAAAAUUGAAGGAAACUUUUGAACGGCAUGGGGAGAUUACAAAAGUUGUUCUGCCGCCGGCUAAAGCUGGACAAAAGAGAGACUUUGGAUUUGUUCAUUUUGCUGAGAGAUCUAGUGCUCUGAAGGCAGUCAAAGGAACCGGGAAAUAUGACAUUGAUGGAAAUGCAAUAGAGGUUUCCCUGGCAAAACCUCAAACGGACAAGAAGUUGGAAAGCCAGCAUAAGCCUGGAAUCCUUCCAAGUUAUCCUGCACUUCCUCAUUACGGCUACCCUGCUGAUCCUUAUGGAGCUUAUAGUGGUGGAUAUGGUGCAACUGGAUUCAGACAGCCUAUGAUAUAUGGGAGAGGUCCUAUGCCUGCUGGAAUGAGAAUGGUGCCAAUGGUUCUUCCAGAUGGGCGCCUUGGUUAUGUUCUGCAGCAGCCUGGAGCCCAGCGACCGCCCCCGCCCCCACACCGAAGGAGCGAGCGUGGCGGCGGCUCAGGUGAUGGCGGCGAUAGGUCACGAGAUGGAAACCGUGGUCGAAGAUACCACCCUUAUUAGACUAAGAGUGAGAUAAUUUAACAGUAUUUGCAGCCAAUAAUUAUUUAUAUUGUUGGUAUAAUUGCAUCUAUGUAUCUUGUUUGGUCCCAAUGAGCCAAUACUUCAACUCAACCUACCCGAGUAAUAACUGUAGCUUCCAUUGAGAGAGAUUUAACACUAUUUUGAUCACCAAAAUAUGAACUCACAACUGUUUCUGCACCUUAGUUUUUCGAUUUCUCAGUCGUUAUUGAGACUGACAGCUAUAACUAGCAACCUGAUAUUGGAAUUA